GCCGGUGCUUGCCGCAGCUGCCAUCUUAGGGACUCCGGGCCGGGCCUGGUAGGCCUUCCCGGCGGCGGCGGCCGUGUGCGCGGCGGGUGCGCUCAGGGGCGAGGCGGAGGGUCCGUGGGCGGGGGGCCGAGCGUCCCGGCGGCGAAGGGCGGCCUGCGGCGGGCAGCGGGUGACAGGCGGCGGGCGCCGCGCGGCGCGAGGAUGGGCCGGUCGCGGAGCCGGAGCUCGUCCCGCUCCAAGCACACCAAGAGCUCCAAGCACAACAAGAAGCGCAGCCGCUCGCGCUCGCGCUCGCGGGACAAGGAGCGGGUGCGGAAGCGCUCCAAGUCCCGGGAGAGCAAACGGAACCGGCGGCGGGAGUCGCGCUCGCGCUCGCGCUCCACCAACGCGGCGGCGUCCCGGCGCGAGCGGGAGCGCGCCUCGUCCCCGCCCGACCGCAUCGACAUCUUCGGGCGCACGGUGAGCAAGCGCAGCAGCCUGGACGAGAAGCAGAAGCGGGAGGAGGAGGAGAAGAAGGCGGAGUUCGAGCGGCAGCGAAAAAUUCGGCAGCAGGAAAUAGAAGAAAAACUCAUUGAGGAAGAAACAGCACGAAGAGUGGAAGAAUUGGUAGCAAAGAGGGUAGAAGAAGAAUUGGAGAAAAGGAAGGAUGAAAUUGAGCGAGAAGUCCUCCGAAGGGUGGAAGAGGCCAAACGCAUCAUGGAAAAGCAGUUGCUCGAAGAACUCGAGCGACAGAGACAAGCUGAGCUUGCAGCACAAAAAGCCAGAGAGGAGGAAGAGCGAGCAAAGCGUGAGGAACUGGAGCGGAUAUUAGAAGAAAAUAACCGGAAAAUCGCAGAAGCACAGGCCAAACUGGCUGAAGAACAGUUGAGAAUUGUUGAAGAACAAAGAAAGAUUCAUGAGGAAAGGAUGAAACUAGAACAAGAGCGACAGCGUCAACAAAAAGAAGAACAAAAAAUUAUCCUGGGCAAGGGGAAGUCCAGGCCAAAGCUGUCCUUCUCAUUAAAGACCCAGGAUUGAAUGGCAAACUGAACUUUUUACAAAGAAAAAUGAAAAACUUUGUAUUGUAGCUUCAUGUUGAAGUGGUUUUUUGUUUUUGUUUGUUUUUUUCUUUUUUUUUUUUUUAAUUUGGAAAAUCUGGAAAGUUAGCUUGUUCUAAUAGGGGCUAUGCUCUGCAAUCCCUUUAUUUUCCCCCUUUUCCUCCAUGACAUCGAAUCCUUAUCAGAUCAUUGCUGUCUUCUAGAAGUGGUGUAUUUUUCACCUUUGGGAUUCUGUACUGUUUGGUGGUCUGCUAAGAGCAGGUCACUUGGUGACUAGCUGGUCUGGUAAGGUGUUCACUGACCACUGUUUACUACGUCAUAAUGCUGGUUUUGCUGACUUUUUGUUUUUUUAUACAUUUAUAAAAAAAGAAAAAGUUGGUGAUUGCAUUACAAAAUUCCCAGGGUUUUGCUGGCCUGUGUGUGGUGUGUUGUUACAGCAGUGUCCUUGUGGCACUGUGGCCCUUGGUGUUCCCGAGAACAGGUAAGGAUAACAGGUGGUUGCCUGCUACAGAAGCACCUGCAGUGCAGUACUGUCUCUGUUGGACUUUUGUUUCUUUAUUGACAAAAUCAAACCAGCAUUCCCCACUGUAAAUAAAUGAUUUUGCUGAAUAAAGUAAAGUCUUAAAUUCAUAUGUUUAAGCAAUUUUUUUUUAAAGUUCUGUUAAAUCUGAAGUGUGGUUUACUUUUAGAAGCCUUAGAACUGUACUAAAUUUCCUCCGGUUUAUAUUUUCACAGGGUUUCUAUGUACACUAACUCUACUUGUGAAUUAGUACUACUAGCUAUUUUUACAGACACUACUUUAUGCUGAUAAGAGUUAAAACAUCAAGUAUUAUCUUUGAAAAAAUUCUAAACCUGUGCCUCUGUUAUAGAAAAUAAGGAUUAUUGCCACAAAUUAUACUUACUAAACACUAGAAAGUAUGUUUUUAAAAUUUAUGGAAUAUUAAGUCACUUUCAGAGAAGGUGGACCAUCAGAUAGAACUUGGCUUUGUUCAAAAUGGCUAAAAUAAUCUUCAUCUUUGCAUGUUUAUUUUUGGGAUAAACAUUUAAAUUCAGUCAGUCUUUGGUUUGGGGGUUUUGUUUGGGUAUUUUUGCAUGUGGAAACUUAGAGAUAACCAUGGAUUUUAUACAGUAGAAUCUGCCUCAUUUAAUCUUUUUAUUUGUUGAAGUUUACUAAUGUUAAAACACUCAAGAAAAGGCUAUAAAAUGGUAUCGAAAGCGCAUAGGCAUGGCGUAGUGGAGAACCCGGUCCCUGGCUACAGAACAGUCAUAUCAUUGUUUAACAUUGAAAAUGUUACUUGAGAAGAUUAAAUGAUAGAUUAUUUUGUGUUUGCAUGCUAUGGAAAAUGCUGCUGCUUUAGUUUCAACUCUUCGAUAUGAUAAAGAAGAAUGAUAGAAUUUUAAGUAGGCAUGAGGUCUAUAUAGUGAGGUUUUAGUAAACAGGAUAACCUAACACUCUGAAUACACAUUCACUUCUACCUGAAUAGAUAUAAUACUUAAUCUCAUAAGUUAGCUCAAAUUAUUUCCUGAUUCCUAUACUUUAUUCCUUUGAUGUAAUUUUUCCAUUCAGAUUCAUUGUCCUCGGUUGUAUAUAAAGGUUUUGGAAGUGUUCAUUAAAAGUUGCUUUUGCUCUA